AUGGCCUCCGAUUCCAAACAAAGUAAGUAUUUAACAGUUUAUUUACAUUAUAAUGGUUUAUUCGCACCAAAACCAUUAGUGUACUUGAACGCUGUUGUUGUUUCAAUCUGUGAUGUCGAUUUUGGUGCAAUGGAUUUCAAAGACUUUAACUUGUUCAUUGCAAAGUUGAUUGAAGGCAGUUGUGAUAAUGUAUAUUAUUGCACUAGAAAUGAACCAUUGGCAGAGGGUAUUAGGAGAAUUACGAAUGAUGCUGACUACUUUGAGUUUAUUGAAACGGGUUAUAGUGAUGAAGCCGGUCUAAGAAUGAAUGUGUAUAUAGACCACGAAAAUGAACCUGUACUUGAUUGGGCUGAUGAUGAAGGGCAUUAUUCUGAGGAAGACCUGGAUGAUGAUAAAGAUUCACAACUUUCUGAUGAUAUUCCAUAUGAGCAUGAAGCAGAUGAUUACAUUCCUUCUCUUGACAAGACUAUUGGUGAUGAAUUCUUACAUCGGGUGUCAGGUAUGUGUAAGGAUAUAAAUGAUGAGGCUGAAACUGAUGAGGUUGAAACCAAGAAUGGAGAUGACAAACCAGUGUACCCUGUCCAUAAUGAGAACCAGAAAUGGGACAAAAUGGUGCCAAUUCUAGGUAUGAGAUUCUCUAACCCCAUGGAAUUGAAAAAUUGUUUGACUAACUAUGCAGUGAAGAAUGGGUACAACCUUUAUUUUGAGAAAAAUGAUAGUCAGAGAGGCCAACUGUUAGCAGCUAUGGGUAGGGAUGCAAACAACCACAUCUUCCCUAUUGCAUGGGCUGUGGUGGAAGUUGAAAAUAAGGAAACAUGGAAGUGGUUUCUUGACCUCCUUCUGGAUGACAUUGAAAUGGGAAUUGGUCAUGGAUUGACCCUCAUAUCAGACCAACACAAGGGAUUAAUAGAGGCUGUCAAAGAAAGGGUUCCAGCAGCAGAGCAUAGACAAUGUGCUAGGCACAUCUAUGCUAACUUCAAGAAAAGUUUCAAAGGUGAACAAUAUAGGAAGUUGUUUUGGGCAGCAGCUGCUAGUACUACUCAACCAAAAUUUGAGGCAGAAAUGAAUUCCAUAAAAAAAUUGACCCUUUGGCUUAUGAACACCUCAUGGAAAGGGACCCUAAAAGUUGGUGCAGGGCAUUCUUUGAAGUGGACAGGGCUUGUGAUGCUUAUGAGAAUGGCAUAUCAGAAAGUUUCAACUCUGUUAUUGAUCUUGCUAGGAAAAGGCCACUCAUCACCAUGUUGGAAGAGAUAA